UAAAACCCCCUUGGUUUUCUUUGGGUUCUUGCUCAUCAGUCUCCGAGUUAGUUAGCAAUACCUACAAGCUAGCUAGAAGAACUUUGUGAACAGUUUCCAUGGCGGACGAGGUUAUUCUAUUGGACGGUUAUGUGAGCAGCUUUGGGAUGAGGGUCAGAGUAGCUCUGGCCGAGAAGGGAAUUAAGUAUGAGUACAGAGAAGAAGACCUGAGAAACAAGAGCCAACUGCUUCUUAAGAUGAACCCGAUCCACAAGAAGAUCCCGGUGCUCAUCCAUAAUGGCAAACCGGUCUGUGAAUCGCUCAUCAUUGUGCAGUAUAUUGAUGAGGUAUGGAAGGAUAAGGCUCCUCUGCUUCCCUCUGAUCCCUACCAGAGAGCCCAGGCCAGAUUCUGGGCCGAUUUCAUUGAUAAGAAGUUAUAUGAUGCGAGCAGGAAGAUAUGGACUACAAAAGGAGAAGAGCAGGAGGCAGCAAAGAAGGAAUUCAUUGAAGUCCUGAAGGUGUUGGAAGGAGAGCUUGGAGACAAGCCUUAUUUCAUGGGUGAGAGAUUUGGGUUCCUGGACAUUGCUCUCAUCACAUUCUACAGCUGGUUUCAUGCUUAUGAGACACUUGGAAACUUCAGUAUAGAGGCCGAGUGCCCCAAGCUGAUUUCAUGGGCCAAGAGGUGCUUGCAGAAGGAGAGUGUUUCAAAAUCUCUUGCUGACCAGAAAAAGGUUUAUGAGUUUGUUGUUGAGUUGAAGAAGAGUCUUGGUGUGUAAGAAAGUCCUGAAAUAAAACUCUUUAGGCGUACUAGUCUUGAAACUUUUCUGGUGAGAGACACUUUGGUGUGUCUGCUGAAUGCUAUGACUUAUGAGUCAUAAGGAUAAGUAAUUAAUUAUGUAUCCUAACAAUAAUGUAGACACUUUGAUGUGUCUGCUCAUUGUUAAUAAUAUAUGAAAGGAGUGUUUUCUAAUA